AAGAUUCGUAACUCGUGGGAUAUCCGGAGGAUCGCGACGAUAGCGAUAUUGUUGCCAGAGCAGAUCCGAUCAUAGAAAAGUUUCGUUGUUGCCACCGUUAUUUCUCGUUCGCUCGUCGUGGGAUGAAAAUGGCAUCUUUAACGUGCGCUCGUUUGUUAGCGAGAAACGUCGGCUGUCUCAGAAACUCGAUCAACGGUCGAUUGCGUUGUGCGAGCAGCACAUUUAUUCAUGUAACGAGCAGAGACGAGCAGAGGUUGUUGCAUUGCAUCGCUCGAACCACGCUUGUACCCCAGGUGAAAUGCAAUCGUGGAUAUUGUCAAGAUGUUAGAGCAAAACCAAAGUCAAUUAAGGAUAUUGAAGAACGUGUAUUGAAAGCUGUAGCUGCUUAUAAUAAAGACAUCGAAGAAAAGGGAUUAAAGGACACACGCAUCAAGCAAGUGCGCCACUACAGCCAUGCGCCUCCGCUAUCUCUUGACCUUAUCGGUCAACGGGUGCUCUUGGUUCUGAAACUUUAUGACAAAGUUGAAACCGCGAAGCUGAGCUUGGAGUCACAUUUUAUGGAUGAUCUAGGGCUAGAUUCUCUAGAUCAUGUGGAAAUUAUAAUGGCGAUGGAAGAUGAAUUUGGUUUUGAAAUUCCAGACACGGAUGCACAAAGGUUAUUAAGACCCAAGGAUAUAGUGCGCUAUAUAGCGGAUAAGAAUGACGUGUACGAAUAACACGCCUUAUAUUAUUUAUACUUGUUUAGUCAACAUCUGCUGUUGUUUCGAUUGGAAAUAACAAAUCAACGUCUUAUUUUGCUGCUACCAUUGUUUUUUCUGUAUAUAGACAAACCAUCAUAAUGUGAAUAAAACUUAAGCGAAUUGUUA